CAAACAAAACGCUUGGAUUUUAAAUCUUCGUUAGCCUAAUUUGGCCAAUAUGCGGCUGUUAUUUCAGUAUCUUCACGGAGGCUAGCUUGCGAGGGUCCUUGACUUGAGUACACGGGGUUACGCGAUGGGUAAAAAGUACGCCUACCUACUGUGGAUUGUUCCACUUUUAGCCAGAAUAACCCAUGGAAUUCCGAUAGAAAUUGAGGAGCCAGAUGUAGCCAGUGAGGCCGAGGAAAUUGGCGGUCAUUUCGAGGGCGACAUAGUCCUGGACAGCACUCAGGAGGAAAUCAUUGCGACGGGACGUACUGCUCUUAUUGGACCCUCCUAUCGGUGGCCGAACUAUGUCGUUUUCUAUGCCAUUGAAGCCGGACACUUCACAACCAGCCAACAAACCGCCAUCCAGACAGCUCUGGAAGAGAUUAUGGCCGUCAGCUGCGUCAAGUUCGUUCCUCGGACCACCCAAACGGACUACGUCAGAGUGACGGGCGAGUACACAGGCUGCUGGUCGUAUCUGGGCCACAUCGGCGGAGCGCAGCAGUUGAACCUUCAGCCGAAUGGGUGCAUGUCCAAGGGUACCAUCAUGCAUGAGUUCCUGCAUUCGUUGGGAUUCGUACACAUGCAGAGCGCCUCGGAUAGGGACUUCUUCGUGAAGAUCAACUGGGGAGCCAUUAUCGGCGGAAAAAGCUCCAACUUCAACCGGUACGAUUCGACGGUUAUCAACGAUUUUGGCAUUCCGUACGACUACUACAGCGUGAUGCAUUAUCGGGCCAAUGCGUUUACAGUAAACGGUGAUGAUACGAUCAUUCCGAUCGAAUCUGGGGUCACAAUUGGCCAGCGGGUCGGGCUGAGCUACAAGGACAUCAAGCGUUUGAAUCAUUUGUACCCGAAUUGCGCCUAAGUGGUGAGCCGUGCGAUAUAUCUUCGCAACUAGAACUAGGGUAGAGUUAAGACAACUGUGAGCUGUUUCAAUAAAAAAUUUCAAUACUCUAAGUCGGGUGAUGGGACAAGGAGUUCGUUUCA